AUGUCGCCCAUCUCCGUCUUCCGCGUCGCGACCCGCGCCGUCCGCCCUUCCGGCUUCAUCAGAGCUGCUCAAUUGCCCCGUCCCCGGGUGCAGGCCCCCGUUGCUCUGGCUAUCGCCCGUCCCAGCUUCAGCACCUCCGCUAAGCGCUUCGGCGGUCACCACGAGGACGAGACAUACGAGGAGUUCUCUGCCAGAUUCGAGAAGGAAUUCGACGGUGUUCAGGAUGUCUUCGAGCUCCAGCGUAAUCUCAACAACUGCUUCGCCUACGAUCUCGUUCCCUCCGUUGAGGUCCUCACCGCUGCUCUGAAGGCUGCUCGUCGCGUCAACGACUACCCCACCGCUGUCCGGAUCUUCGAGGGUGUCAAGGCCAAGGUCGAGACCCAGGAGCAGUACAAGCAAUACCUUGAGGCCCUUGAGGGUCUCCGCCAGGAGCUGGGUGUUGCUCUCCGUGAGGAGCUCUACCCCGAGGAGGCGUAA